AUUCGCUCCAUCCCUGGUCAUGAGUCACUUCGUGUAGAAUAAUUCAGUUUUAUUUUUAGUUUAUAAAAGCGCUGCACGCGAUCAAGAAUUUUAUAUUUUUAAGUAAUUUAUUUCAUCGAACUAUAAUCAAAAAACAUGCAGGACCCAAACGAAGAUACCGAGUGGAAUGAUGUGCUCCGAGCCAAGGGAAUAAUUGGGCCCAAGGCGAAGGAGGCGGAGAUCACAGAGGAUCAGAUCCAGAAGCUGAUGGACGAUGCCAUCCAGCGGCGCACAGAUCUGCCACUGAAUGAAGGCCAGCGCGACAAGAAGAUCGACGACAUGUCGCUGGACGAACUCGACGAACUGGAGGAUUCCGAGGACGAGGCUGUUCUAGAGCAGUAUCGCCAGCGACGCAUCGCCGAGAUGAGGGCCACCGCUGAAAAGGCGCGAUUUGGAUCAGUGCGCGAGAUCUCAGGACAGGAUUAUGUCAACGAGGUAACCAAGGCCGGCGAGGGCAUCUGGGUGGUACUCCACCUGUAUGCCAACGGCGUACCGCUGUGCGCACUGAUCCACCAUCACAUGCAGCAGCUGGCCGUCCGCUUUCCACAGACCAAGUUCGUGCGCUCCGUUGCCACCACCUGCAUACCAAACUUCCCCGAGAAGAACCUGCCCACCAUCUUUAUCUACCACGAGGGUGCGCUGCGCAAGCAGUACAUAGGCCCACUGGAGCUGCGCGGCGACAAGUUGACCGCUGAGGAGCUGGAGUUUAUGCUGGGUCAGGCGGGAGCAGUGCCCACCGAGAUCACGGAGGAUCCACGGCCGCAGAUCAGGGACAAGAUGCUUGCCGAUCUCGAAGACAAAAGCUCGGACUUCUACUGAGUCAUAGCCAAAGCAUAGCCCUCAUCCAACUUUAAGUUCAGUGGGGUGGGUAAAUAUUUUUAGGAUGAAUCAUCAAGUAAAGCCCAAUCCAAAACCGGCAAGCGGAUCUUUUUUUGCGGAUUCACUUAACUAACAAAUCAAACAUUUAAACGCAGUUUGAAACGUAAACAUCCGCCGUUGAGAGCGAACGUUAUUGAUUUAUAUAUUAACCAGUCCUCAGGAAUUUCCCUUGCACGUUUUCAUUUCAUUGUUUUUUGGCAUUUAUGUACCCUCAUAAAUAAAUUGUUUACUUUUCUACAG